AUGUCCCACCGCCAUUCAUGCGAGCGCUGUCGGCAGCAGAAGGUCCGCUGUCUUCGAGAUUCGCAGAUUGUGCAGAAGCCGUCACCUGGCCAGUCCAUACCCAAGUGUUCGAGAUGCGCAAAGGCAGGCACCGCCUGCGUCUAUAGCUUGAGGCUGAGUACGCGACGUCCCGGGUCGAGCACCGGCGGCAAUAUAUCAGCCGUCAGCCAAAGCAUGCCGUCUGGGGUCGAAAAGUAUCCCACUCCCUUUGAUUCGGUGGAGGAAGACGACAGUUCCUUCCAGCUCGACUUCGACGGCUUCAGCUGGUGCCAGCUCAACACGGCCCCUACCGCGCAAUUGGACAUGAGACGCCAGCCGCGGAGCGCCAUGAACCACGUCGGCCUUGACCUGGACAUGAACCACGGCACCGUGGCCGAAAGGACUGGGGCUCCGGGAGACGGGCAGUGGUACGGCGGCGCCCCUUCGCCACCGUCGUUGUCGCCCAAGCCCGAAGCCGGCGACGAGGACAUGCCCGCCGCCGACUCUUGGCAAGCGCUCACGUCGCAGGUCACGGCCGUCAGCGCCCAGGCCGCCUCGGCCACGCGCCUCCUACUCCGCCCCGGCAGCGCCCCGCCGACCGUGUCGUCGGCGCACGUCAACGAGGCGUUCGAAGGCACCAAGACGUUGGUGCGCAUCAUGAACAGCAUCGCGGCCAUGGCCUCGCCCGAUGACAGCGGGGACGACGAGCCGUCGGCGGCACGCGGCGACAGCGGCAGCAGGGCCGCCGACACCGGAGGGCUGGUCCUGACGACGCUCGCCUGUCACCAGCACCUCCUGGCCUUCUUCAGGGCCAUAUGCGACUCCAUAAAGUGGUGCGUCGAGUCGGUGGCGGACGAGAAACGUCCCCCGGGCGGCGGCUCCUCUCUCCACAGCGACGGGGCCCCGUCCACCGCGCAGUUCACCAUGGUCCUGCAGCUGCUGAUGCACCUGAUCAACCGCCUGGACCGUUGUCUCUUCCCGGGCAGGCCGCCGAGCCCGGUAUCGUCGGCGUCGACCAGUGCGUACGGCGGGGCCGGCGGCGAUGGCGGCCUCGACCUGGUCCUCACCGGGCAGGAGGCGGAGGACGUUACGCCCGACACGACGGGCAUUCCAGGCCUGGCGCAUGCGCUCGUGCGAGCAAUACCAGACGAUCAUCUCAGGCUGCGGCGGACCAUCCUUCAGCUGCAGGCUCGGAUGGAGAGGCUGGAGGCGUUUUAG